AUGGUCGAGGUACCUAAUUCAUUCAUUGCUUUGCUCAAUCGUAUCAUUCAAUUGGCUAUUUGCACUUAUAUCGCUCUUUACAUUGUGUGGUAUGAACGAGGAUAUCAGGAAUUUCAAGAGCCACGUGGAACGAGUGUUAUCAAAGUGAAAGGUGUUACAUUAGUCCAUGUGAAGAUUCCAUCCUCUUUGGCAGUCAAUUAUCCACCCAUUGUUUGGGACACGGCUGAUUAUGGCAUUCCACCCCUGGAAAAUAAUGCUUUUUUCAUUGCAACUCGUCAAAUUGUUACUUACGAUCAAACCGAGGGCCGCUGUCCGAGUGCCUUGAAAUCUAAGCUUUAUUGCCGUGAGACCAGUAAUCGCUGUCGAGCUGGAAAGGCGACACCAAGUACAUUUGGCUUUUUAACGGGCAAUUGUGUGCCAAGUCGAGAGAAUACGUCGAUCAAUGUAUGUGAAAUCAACGGCUGGUGUCCCGAAGAACUGAGUGCAUCCGAAGAUUAUCAAAUCGGUAUCGAUGACUUGAACAAUUUCACCAUUUUUUUAAAGACAUCAGUAACAUUUCAACGAUUCAACAUACAUCUGCGAAAUCUUCGAGAUGAUACAAAUUUUUCGUGUCGAUAUCACAGCAUUCGAGAUUCACGUUGUCCUAUCUUUCGUCUUGGUGACAUCCUAGACAAAUUUCAGACAAACAUCCUAGCUCUUCUCAGUGAAGGUGGUGUGAUUGAAAUCGAGCAGAAAUGGACAUGCAAUUUUGACUACGACAAACGUUUGUGCUAUCCAAAAUACGAUUUUCAUCUCCUGCAAAGUAGCGACGACAAACAAUCGCCAGGCAUCAAUUAUCGGUAAACGUCAUUAGUUCAAAAAUGAGUUUUCCUUUGAUGUUCUAGGUAUUAAAAACAUAUCUAGUGCAGCACAUAAAUAUCGUUUGAACAAUACUACCUAUCGAAUUCUAUCGAAAAUUCACGGUCUUCGUUUUGUUAUAUCGAUCUCCGGCACCGGAGGACGAUUCAAUCCACUUCAGUUGUUUCUCGCCAUCGGUAGGAUCACAUGAAUAGUAGUCAUUGAUGAUGAUCGAUUGUUUUUUACUUGAAGGUUCUGGCAUCGGCUAUAUGGUCAUCGCAGGACUUGUGUGUGAUUUCAUCAUGAUGCAUGUACACAAAUAUCGUGAUAAAUAUCGAGCAGGCAUAGUCAGUCUGGUUGAUGACACUGGCCUCCAGUGAACUGCAGUACUUCAAUGACAAUACAUACAGUUGCUUAUUUUUAUCGGAACGCUUCUUUCUGCACAUUUCUCUAGUUAGAAAAGCUUUCAAACUCUUUCGUCGUAUCUAAAAAAGAAUUGUUCUUCUCAAUCGCUAUUAUGUUUGGAAUGGUCGUGAUAGAGCAAAUCUUGAUGCUUGAAGAAUCAUUCAUAGACAGAAGUAGCUGUUUUUCAAAUAUCCUGACAGUGUAGGUGUAUGUGGAUAUCGUUCUUUACUUUAGCCACAUUCGUCCUUGAAGGGGUUCAGAUUUCAGUCGUUGUAAUUAAACAAAUG